GUUUGAUUUGGACUUUGGAACCCCGCAGCUUGUAGUAUAAAUAUCAGAUCUACAUCUUGCAAAGUAAAAUACUGUGCAAGUCCACUGAGUAUGGUGGACGUUAAUAUGGAAUAUCGUUUUCUUAUACUGCUUGCCUUGUCGGCGAGCUCAUUUGCAGGACCAACAAGACGUCGAAAUCUCGAAGCUGGUAGUUCCACGUGCUCUAGAACGUGUACAGGAAGCACCAAGUUCGGCUACGCCCCUGGAACAACCUACCAGUAUAAAUAUGAGGCAGAGACUCGGACCUCCGUGCUAGGAGCUUCGGAAGACCAUUCAGCUAUUUGGAUAAAUGCCCUUGUAGACAUUGAAGUCGUUAGUAAAUGUGAAUUUAUUCUACAGGUGAAUGACGUUACAAUUGUUGCGUAUGAUUCAAAACUAUAUGCUGAUCAGGAUAAAGAUAAACAAUUUGCUCAAACAUUAGAGAAAUUCCCACUGAGAUUUUCCUUCCAAGAUGGCCGUAUUGAAACUGUGUGCCCAUCUGAGAGAGAGGAACCAUGGGCAGUUAACAUCAAGAAAGGAAUUUUAUCAUCAUUACAAAAUUCAAUGGACAGCUUUGAAUUCAGCUUUAAAGGUUCUGAGAGUGAUGUAACUGGUAAUUGUGAGACAGAGUACACUGUUGCCCAGAGAGGCUGGAGGACUCUGACCAUCAAGAAAUCUAAAGAUUUGUCAACAUGUACACACAGACAAGGCUUUGAUAGUGCUAUUCAAACAACCCCAUUCAGAGUUUCUUCAGGUAUCAAAUCACUGCCUAUAAUGAAGGAGACUCAUACAUGUGACCAAGAAGUGAGCAUAGCAGGUGUUCUAACAAGUUCUAUUUGCCAUGAAAUGCAUUUGCUGCGACCUUUCUCCAAGGAAAAUAGUGGUGCCACAACAGAGGUUACCCAAAAAAUGACAUUUGUGAAAGAAAGAGCUGGUACCAGUAGCCAUCUUGCUGAAUGUGGAGAACCAGAAGAGCUUUACUUUGAGCAUGCUCCAUCUGCUGUAACUACUGACCUGAAUGCAAAGGAUGUCCUUGACCUUUUAAAUGAUCUGUGUGACUCCACGGCAACUGAGGUGACCCCUACAACAUCUGAUCAGUUUUCAACGCUCAUUUCCACCAUGAAAAGAAUUGAUACUGCUGAACUAAGACGUGUGUACAACCAGGUUAUGAGAGACAACUUCUGUCGUGUAAACCAGGAAAGAGUCAGGAGGUUUUAUAUUGAUGCUAUUCCAAUGGUUGGUACAGAAUCCUCUAUAGAGUUGAUGAAAACACUGAUAUCAAACAAUGAUAUCACAGGAUCUCAAGCUGAUAUCUGGCUCGCAUCCAUCGCAUUUGUUCAACACCCCACAAAACAGAUGAUCAAAUAUGUUCAGGAACUGACUGGCCUACCUUCCCUAUCAUACAAAGUGUUGUUGCCCUUAUCAGCAAUGGUACAGUCUUACUGCCAGGUGACGCCAUCAUGUGAACAAGUACAGGAGAUACAGGAUUUUAUUGACAUUCUGAGUAGAAACAUAGAUGGAGGGUGCCAAGUUGAUCAGAAAAAUUUUAAGAAGAUCAUGAUGACUUUGAGGGCAAUAGGAAACACGGGUCAUGCUGAAACGGCAGUACCAUCUUUAUACUCUUGUAUAGAGGGAGAUAACUCCAUGGACAUCAAGAUUGCAGCUAUUCAAGCUUUUAGAAAGUUGUCUUGUGCUUCUGACAGAAACAAUUUAAUGGGAAUUUAUCGAGACACAUCUGCUGACUCUGAGAUACGUAUCAAUGCUUAUCUCGCUGUAAUGAAGUGUCCGUCCCCCUAUGUCAUCUCACAGGUUCAAGACACUCUUGCUUCAGAGGAAGUCAACCAGGUUGGUUCGUUUGUAUGGUCACACCUGACUAAUCUGAUAGAGAGCUCAGAUCCUAGCAACAAGUAUGUCCAGGAAUUGCUGGAUGAUGCUGAGUUUGAGGAGAAAUUUGACCUUGAUAAGAUGAAGUUUUCCAGAAAUUAUGAGGGCUCAUUCUACUUGGAGAAAUACAACACUGGUGCUAUGAUUGACAGUAAUCUAAUUUGGUCUAGUAAAUCAUUUGUACCAAGAUCUGCCAGCCUUAACCUGACCAUGAACUUGUUCGGUGAAUCCAUGAACCUGUUUGAGAUCGGAGGACGUGUUGAGGGUCUUGAAUCACUCCUCGAGUCAUAUUUUGGUCCUGUAGGAUAUUAUAAUGAUGACAGUAAAGGCAGCAACGAGAUUCCAGAAGCUAAUCCAAGACUCGCUGGACUCAGUAAUAAAAAGAUGAAUGACAUUCGGGACAAGGCAAAAAGAACAAUGGAUGAAUUACGUGGAGCUAUGUACAUGAGAAUGUUUGGCAGUGAAGUAUCAUACAUGAUGUUUGGUGCUAACAAUGGUGUUGAUAAUGACAAGUUUUCUGGGUCCCAACUCUUUGAUUUCCUACAAAAGUUAAGAAAUAAUGAAAAACAGGAAUUGGCAAUGACACGAAAUGUAAUGUUUGUGGACAGCACUUACACAGUACCUACAGUUGUAGGUCUUCCACUUAAACUACAGGUUAAUGGCUCAGCUACUGUUGCCUUGAAUGUAGGUGGGCUGGCAAAUAUAAAGAAUCCAAGACAAAGUGUUGUUAUUGAAGGAAACUUUGAACCAAGCGGAUCAGUCAAGAUUGAUUCUAUGAUGAGCAUUGAUGCCGUAGUUACACGUGGGGGUCUCAAGAUGGUGUCAUCACUAUAUACCAGCACAGGGGCACGCGGCAAGAUCGAAAUUACUGGAGGUAACGUCUUCGAUCUCUCAUUUGACAUCACCAAGGAAAAGAGCGAAAUAGUGGAUGUCAAAUCAACAUUUUAUGUGGUUUACAAUGAUAAAAUGAAGGAACAGAAAAUGUUGCUGGCAGGAUCUGGUCAGGAGGAGAAGGUGUCUUGUACCGGAGUUAGGAUGCUUAAAGCUACUGGUAUUGAGCUAUGUUCAAGUUAUUUAACAAGAGAUACCAAGUUAAAGUCAGAUGCUCCAAACUUCCCUCUAACUGGACCAGUCAGUUUUACGGUGACUAUGAACAAAAAGGACUUGCCUAAUGGCUAUAAACUUGAAGUCAAGACAAUAAAGACACCACUUCAGACAUUAUUCCGGUUUAUGACAAACACACCGGGCUCCCAGUUUGAUCGUGCAAUAGGUCUAGAUGUUGACGUAAAACACUCAAAGAAAACAUUAGAUAUUAUGUUUGUAUCACCAUGGAAAAAAGCUGCCGUUAAUGGUGAGCUGAUUGACACAUCAAACGUAAAAGGACUUUUGGGUAAAAUCAGCAUAGACGAAGGUCAUCGUGUUUACAACCUCGAUGCCAAGAUUUUAAUUGACAGAACCAAGGACCGUGUGACUUAUACACCAAAAAUAUCUCUGGAUAUACAUGACUGGAAGAAUGUUUCCCUGACUGGUGGGAUCAGCUAUAAACUCAAGCAAUCAUUAGAUGCUGAUCUUCUUAUUACUGGAGCUCAGGAUGUACCAAUAGAGAUUCAGGCUUCAAUUUUAAACACUGAGACGAUGAUUGGUAUGAAAAGCAAACUAAAGUAUCAGAAAGGGGAGGGCUAUGUGUUUGAAGCCAUUACAAAUCAGAAAAUUGAGAAGAAGAAAUUGAGGUCCCGUUACACAUAUGAGCCAAGGGUAUAUGUGAGAACACCUGAUGAAGAACUGCUGGAGUUCAAUGGAAGUGCUAUUUUGAUAUCAGGAAAGUCCUUCAAGGCCUCUGGAUCAUUGAAUAAAUUGACAAAAGUACCGUACAAGUUUAAUGUGGAUCUUUCUAGAACGGAAUAUACAAAGAAGAAGAGAGUUAAGACUCUUGCGCGAGUGUCAGUAACAGGUCCUAGACUCUCCACUAAACUUAUGAUUAAUCAUGAUAAUAAGGCAGACAAAAACAUUUUCACUAAAUACCGGCUGGACUACAGUAUUGGCAAGCAAUGGAGAGAUACCAUAAUGGGGAAUAACCGGGUCAAGAUAAAUAUUGCCAAAAAUAAAAAAACUGUCAAAAUAACAAGCAAUCUAAACUCAGUUAAAAAUGAUGACAUGGAUGCUGCACUGGCUGUGAACUAUGUCACUAACAGAUAUAAAACCAACCUAGACUGUAACUUGAAGUAUGGUAAAUCUAUGAAAUCAAAGACAAGUAAAGAUACAGUAGAAUUGUCUGUAGCAGCUAAACACAGGGAUGACAGUUCUGUUGAAUACAGAGCUGACCUGCUAUUCC